AUGUUUCAAAUUGAAUGUGAUUCAGGCACAGAUAUUCGUCAACAUUCAUUCUAUCGAACAGAAGAAAUUCUCCUUCUGGCUGCUCGACAGUUCAAAGUUGUCUCGUGUUCGAACAUGGGUAAUGGUCUUCACAUCAUUCACUUGAAGGAAACUGAACCACUUUUCCCACUCAUUGAACUCGUGCCUGAGGCUGCUAAAAAAGUGCCUGAAAUUCAUUCAAUCACAUGUCUAUUGACACAAGAACCUACUAACAGUUUUACCGAGUUGGGUGGCAAAGAGCAAGUGACAAAAAAUCAACAAACUACAUCAUCAAACUCUCAAAAGCAACUUGGCUGCGGUGGUCAUGCUUGUACAACAUGUGAUGGUAGUUCAUUUUCCACGAGAAAAACAUAUCAUAAUGGAUCAUUUUAG